GCGAGACGGGGACGGGGCCGUGGGCAAGGGUUUGAUCGAGCUUAAGCUUGUGCUGUGUGCGCGUAGGAGCUUAAUCGAGCGAGAGAGGGACAGAGAGAGAGAGAGGAGAGAGUUGCAGGAGCUAUGGAGGCUUUUAAGGAGAAGGGGAACGAGGCUGUGCGCCGCAACGACUACAGAGCCGCGGUGGAUUUUUAUUUGCGCGCCAUCGAAGCGGGAAGGGAUUUGCCGGCGCAGGAGCUUGCGCCGUUGCAUUCGAACUGCUCCUUUGCGUAUUUGAAGCUGAACGAGCUCGCGGAGGCUGUAUCGCAGGCUGAGAACGCUGUGGCUGCCAAACCUGAUUGGAGUAAGAGCCACUUUCGUCUUGGAGAGGCACUUUUUAUGUCGGGGAACUAUGAGGGCGCUGAGAAGGCGUAUGCGAGGGCAUCGGAGCUCGCGGUGGAGGAUCAGACGUUGAAGAAGAAGGUAGCCCUAGCUCGGGAGGCUCUAUCAGGGUUUUACUUUCGGCAACUGCUGGCGGGGCGGGACUUCGCCGUGAACGCAGGAAAUAUCAUUGAGCGGCAGAUUUUUAGUAGCGCAAAGCAGAUGCAAAAUUAUGUUUAUUUAAUCGGCGAUGCGAGGACGCGGGAGGCGGUCGUGGUGGAUGCGGCGUGGGAUGUGAAGGGGAUCAGAAGUUUUGCAGCGGGUGAGAAUAUGCGGUUGGUUGGAGCUGUGGUGACUCAUUAUCAUUUUGAUCAUACUGGUGGUACUCCGCCACCUCCGUUUGACCAGCUCGGGAUCAAAGUGCCCGGGGUUAGAGAGCUCGCAGUCGAAGAUAAGCUUCCCGUGUACGUGAACAGGAAUGACGCAACUACCGUGAUGAAUUCGAAUGGUGUUCCCUCUGAGAAUUUGACUCCGCUUGACGAUUGUGCUGAGGUAUCUAUCGGCAGCGUGAAGCUGAAAUUCAUUCACACUCCAGGGCAUACGCCUGGCAGUCAAUGCGUCCUCAUUGAGCGUCCGGAACGUGGCAUCUUGAUUUCGGGUGACACUCUCUUCAUUGGGAGUUGUGGGCGUUUGGACCUUCCUGACUGUAAUGCCAAAGCUAUGUACACCAGUUUACAGGAGAAGAUUGCCGCUCUGCCUACCACCACCAGGGUUUAUCCAGGCCAUGAUUACGGAGGUCCCUACACCACCAUAGCUCGGGAAAAAGAGCAGGGAUUUCUGAAGCCCAUGGAGGAGGGAAAAUGGUUGCGCAUGCAUGGUCACUGAUCUUAUUUUCGGCAUUCUAUUUUGGUAGAUGCAAUUCUAUUUAUUGCUGUAAGUCAUGUAGGGACUUAGACUAUUGUUGUUCCAUGUCCUCACUUGAAGUUAGGGUUUCGUGUUUAAAGUAUAGGUAAAGGGGUAUAUUUUAUUCUUGAGCAGUAGUUACAGAAAGUAAAGAAAUUUAGAAUCGGCCCGUUAUGCUCCUGUCGUUUUAAUGAGUUCUGGUUCAGAUCAAUUUGGCUGUAAAGGAACUAAUGAUACUUGUUUGUGUUCAUCACGCUCUGUAUUUGCAGUCUCCGGGUUUUAAGGACAUUGCAACUUGUAAUAUAAUGUGAUUACUUUCAUGCGA